UAUGGCUACUGGAAAAUAUCAGCUACCGUUUUGAACAGCUCAAAAAUUACAGUUGUAUAAAGUUAUAUCAAGUACCAAUUUCAGCGAGAAACCCCUAAUUAACCAAAAUAUUUUGAUGUACGUCCAAAGGGAAAUGCGGGGAACCAAGGAACAACCGUCGAUGUAUAUGGUUGGCAUAAUGCCCCUGAAACAAUAUAAUAAAGACUGAUGUCUUUCAUUCCAAUAGAUCCCUUGCUACAAUGAACCUAUUUUUGAAUAUCGUUAUCUAUGUUGCAGUAGAUAGAAUAUAACCAGAUAGAGCUCUCUCAAGUCGUAUUGGAGGGUAACAGAUGACGCAAUUUUGGUGUGAUGUUGCUCAUUUCUCCAACCUGGUUACUUCACACUACCUAUUGGGACAUAAUUGUAGACAAUGCCGUCCAGAAAGAAUAAUAAUCUUAUUGCGCAAGUACACGAGUAAGCGAGUCCAGCCGAGUUACCCCGACCCCAAGAACAGUAAGUAUGUCGACAACCACAGUUACGUUUGUGACGCCGAAGGCGCCCGCACCGCCGGGUCAGCCCGAUAUCUCGUAUGCUCCGGACUACGAUAAGUGGCAGGCCCGAGCGGCUCGUCGGCUCAAAGAGGGGAACUUGCCAACUACACUACCAGAAGGUUUCCCGGCGCAAUUGAAGGGGGAUUUAGUCUGGGAAGGCGAGACAGUAGCAGACACUUAUGACUGGACCUACGUUCUCAAUGCCGAACAGCUUAAUGAGAUAGACCGAGCUGUAGAUCACUUCAAGGGAUUGGGUUUGUCGCUGGGCCAUCUCACUGCAGAGACGUUCCCGCUCCCGAACCUCCACGCGGAACUACGCCGCCUGUCUGCAGAAUUACACAACGGGCACGGGUUCUUCGUGAUUCGCGGCCUGCGUGUCGACGACCACUCCCGGGAGGAAAACGUCAUCAUCUACGCGGGCAUUUCCGCGCACAUUGCUGCUCAGCGCGGCCGGCAGGACCACAAGUAUAACGGUCAGAAGGCUGAUGUGGUCCUCAGCCAUAUCAAAGAUUUGACCUGGUCGCAGAAUAAUGGCUCCAUCGGCAGUCCGGCCUAUACUACCGACAAGCAGGUCUUCCACACGGAUUCCGGCGAUAUUGUGUCUUUGUUCGCCCUCGAGACGUCGGCAGCGGGUGGUGCUAGCAAAUUAGCGAGUACGUGGCGGGUAUAUAACGAAAUUGCUGCUACUCGUCCGGACCUUAUCCAUACCUUGUCUCAAAGUUGGGAUAUGGAAGUAUUUGAGAAAGCCGAUAAGCAGUACGUGGAAAGACCGCUGCUGUAUCACUUCCCUGCGACGGAUUCAUCCCCGGAGCGGGUGGCCCUACAAUAUGGCCGACGAUACUUCGUCGGCUUCGGUGCUCUCCCACGUAGCUCUAACAUUCCGGCUAUUUCGGAGGCCCAAGCUGAAGCUCUCGAUACAAUCCAUUUUCUAGGUGAGAAGUACUGCGUGAAUACCGACUUUCAAAAAGGAGAUAUCCAGUAUAUAAACAACCUCGCCAUCUUCCACGCAAGAGACGGAUUUACCGACACGUUAGAGAAGCGCCGCCACCUUUUACGUUUAUGGCUGCGGGACCCAGAAAAUGCUUGGCCAACUCCCGAGGCUUGGAGGUACCGUUGGGCACAACUUUAUGAAGGUGUUACACCAGAAGGACAAGUCUUUCCUCUUGAGCCAUUUAUUCGUAGUGCUGGAAAUAAGGGGAGAUAAGGUUGGCCGCGUGUGCGUGAUCUAUGUCUAUACCAAAAUGCUAGAAAAGCUGCAUAUCCAUCGCUAUGUUGAAAAGGAAGUCUCUCGCCAAGUGGGGAAUUCCUACCCUGUACCUAAAGCCCAAGACGCCGAAACCCAUUAUC